CAGCGGGGACGCGCGCGGCUGUGUGCGCAGACUCGUCUCAUCUGCAGAGAAAGAAAGUCUGAGCGACGUAGACCGUCCAGGAGCAGAGGAGAGGAUGAAGAGAACAACUUUCCUGCUGGUGUUCGGAGUCAUCCUGAGCUUCUCUCAGGCUCAGUUGGACACAGGAGGCGAGGAGACGGGUGGAGAGGAGGAACAUGUGGAGCUUUUCACCACACCGGCGACUAAGAUGGGCGCCGCCACCUCGGACUUUGGUUACAACCUGUUCCGCGCUCUGGCGAGCCAAGAAGCCGCAACCAACGUCUUUCUGGCCCCCAUCAGUGUGUCUGCAGCGCUGACGCAGCUCUCCAUGGGAGGGUCUGAGCAAGCUCAAAGGCAGCUGUUCAGGGCCCUGAGGUACCACACCCUGCAGGACCCUCAGCUACACAACACCCUGAAAGACCUGCUGGCCUCGGUCAGGACACCCGGAAAAGGCCUGAGUACUGCUGCACGCAUCUACCUGUCACGACGACUUCGUCCUAAGCAGGACUUCUUCGGGCUCGUCGAGCAGCAGUAUGGAGUUCGUCCCAAGGCACUGUCGGGAGGACCCAAAGAUGUGACAGAAAUCAACAACUGGGUGUCUCAGGAGACCGGCGGGAAGGUACAGCGCCUCCUGACCAAGCCCCUCCCCCGAAACUCUGGAGUGAACACUGUGAGUGCCGCCUACUUUAAAGGGAAGUGGGUGACUCGGUUCGGUCAAAGUGGAGCAAUGGAGAACUUCCAAGUGGACGGUGGGGUACCUGUCCGCAUUCCCAUGAUGCAACAGGAUAACUAUCCCGUGAAGAUGGGUGCGGACUCAGAUUUGAGCUGCACGAUCGUUCAGAUCCAGAUGCAGGACGACGUCAGCAUGUUUGUCUUCCUGCCCGAUGAGGUGACCUCCAACAUGACGCUGCUGGAGGAAAGUCUGACCGCCGAGUUCGUCCAGGACCUCUCCAUGACGCUGCUUCCUGCCCAGGUGUUCCUCUCCCUGCCCGCCCUGAGGCUCAGCUACUCCACAGACCUGCUACCGCUGCUCAGCGACCUGGGUCUCUCUGAUUGGCUAGCGGACACCGACCUGGACAAGAUCUCGACUCAGUCCGCCAAGCUGGCAAGCCUCAAUCACAAGGUCGCCAUGGAGACAGUGCCCGAGGGGAACCAGUACCCAAGCGCCGCCUCAUCGGCUCACCUGUCCUACCGAGUGGACCGCCCCUUCCUCUACCUGAUCCGGGACGAGUCGUCGGGGGCGCUGCUCUUCAUCGGCAGGGUGGUCAACCCCAAGGACCUGAUGAUAUAACACACACACACACACACACACACACACACACACACACACACACACACACACACACACACACACACACUCUUAGCAGGUCCUAGGAGGGAUUUCAGUUUGCUUUGCGUUUCUGGUCGCAGAUAUUUGAUUUUGCUUUAGUUUUGCGUUCUUUCCUUCACGAUGAAACUUGUUAGCGUGGUCAAGUUAAUCCGACAGGAUAAAUUAACACACUGACAAUAAUCUGAGUUUACCAAAGUUUUUUUUUUUUUAAGAAAUCAAAUGUUUUCAUUUGUGCUAAAAGAAAUAAACGACAAUGAAAGGAAA